AGAAUGGUACAUGUCCAUUUUCAAUAAAAUAUCUCUAAUAGUUUUCGAUAUAUUGAAAAAAAUCGAUUUUCAUUUUGUAACUUCAAAGGGCUGUAACUUUUUUUAUGAGCACAUUUGUACUAAGCUAAGCUAGGUUCAAUCGAACUAUUUUUGACCCCAGAAUGUGUGGUAUAAUUUAUGACCAAUCUUUUCGGGACACCCUCCUAUACCUCUGAACUGUGAUGGGCACUUUCGUAUUGAUAAUGUAUUAGGUAUACAGUGAUGAGCGCUAAUAACCGGCAAAAUAACUCAAAAGAUGGAAAACAUAAUAAUAUGAUAAUACCUACAUUAUGAAGUAAAAAGAGAUAAAACUAGUAGAGGUGGAAAUUAUCGAUAUAAACGUAUAAAUUAACAUUACAUUACAUAGUUUCCCACCUUAAAACGUAUCGGAGUAGUGUGACACCUGUCACUAUGAAAGGUAGAAUUUUAUAAAAAAUACUCCUACCACACACGUGCAAAGUUGGGAAACUAUCUACUGUAAUAUUAAUUAAUACGUCUAUAUUGAUAACUUUUACCUCUACUAGUUUCAUCUCUUUUUAUUCACAAUGUAUUAUGUUUUCUAUCUUUUGCGUUAUUUUGCCAGUUAUUAAAGCGCACAUCACUGUAUAGUACCCAAAAACCCAUUUCGAUGGCUUAACUUGCACAGCGGCUAACUCCGUUUUUUAAAACUUUACAGGAACACAAACAAACUUCUUAAAAUCACAGAAUUGGUAUAUUGGGUAACUCCUCAAUUCACAUAGUAAAUAGUUACGUUAAAAAUGGACAACUCCAUCCUCAACAUAUUAUGUUAUAACUAGGAUAUUUCUCACAAAAAGUUAUAUUAUUUCAUUAAAACUACUUACCGGUAAAAUGGAGUUAGCCGAUUUGCAAGUUAAGCCAUCGAUUUGCAACCUGGCUGGGUCAGUGUCCAGACAAAAACUUUAUUUUCCUGGACUACAUUUUCUACAUUUUCUUACUGUUUACCAAGUUGCAACUUUCAAUCUUACCAAUUUACUAUUGCAGAUGAUGAAUUAAACAUUAUAAGAAAAUUGUUAUUAUUUGGAAUAAAAAAACAGCAUCGUAGGUUUUUGGCUGUAUUUUUGAUGUGCGUGCUCUUAUACAUAGAAGUUUAUGCAAUAGUAGCAGGCCUUCUGCUAUAUAACAAAUAUAGGACUUUCAACGUUUUUAUACAUUAUGUUACAAUCGCUGUGCUCAUCCAACCGGGAUGUGCUGGUAUGCUCCUUAGUAUCAUCUAUCUUUCUAAAGUUGAACGGAUGCUGGACAAUAUUAAUGAAAAUACGAAGAAUCUCCCACCCCAAGAUGUGUUCUUCGAAAACGCCGUUAGAAGAGAAGCUAUAAAUAUUAAAAUCAUAAGUUUCACAGUAAUAAUUUAUAGUUUAGUGGUGCAUCUUAUAUUUUCUUUUCCAAGUGUAUUUAACGAUUAUGACCUAAAUAUUUUAUAUUGGUUAGCUACAGAAUAUUUUGGAGCACAUGUUACUAUAGUUAUGAUUUGGAUAUCUCGUGCAUGUAUAGCUAUAGGUAAUUUCUAAAAAUGUGUUCGAUAUUUUUAAAACUUUCCAAAAUAAAGUAAGAUAAGAGUAAAUUAGAACAUUAACACAGAUAUUAGGGAUGAAAUUCAAAUUGCCAGGGACAAUCAAACUGCCGAACUGCAAAAAUCACCAUGGGUCGCAUAUGGAGCUCUGUCAGACAUGUUCAAGAGAAACAUGCCAAAUUAUCUAAAAAAGAAGACUUUCGACCAAUGCGACUUUUAUUCUGUAUAAAAUUAUGUGUGUUCGUUGGAGAAUUAAGUAGUUUAUUGAGUUGUUAGCAGCUUAGGGUACAAAAUGAUACUAAAUUAAUAAAUACAAACUAUUUCUUAAAAUCUUUCACAGUCAUGGAACAUAUCAUUGGCACCUCGAAAUUAUCAGCGUGGGUGUUUCUCAUCUCCGAUGUAGUCUAGAUAUUGAAAUAAAAACACACACAGUGGCGUGCUCGCCGUAGCACCUCCCUCCUGAAGACCAAAGCUGGGGUUUCCAAGAAGGGCUUCUUUUGUAGCUUCGAAGUUUUGGCUUGUAGUGUAGAGCCUCUCUGGACAUGCUCCGCACAGGGCAGGUAGGGCCACAUGAAACAAAGAAACCAACCGGCAAUAACUCAUUCUACAUUUGUUGUUAUGAGAAGGCCGUAGAUGAAGUUUACCACAAGGAAAUCGAAUUAUAUGUUGCAGUUAUUGAUUAAAAUCCCUUUAUAAUAUGCAGAAUGAAACCUCAUACAUGCUGUGUUACACUUCAACUUCGUUUAGUUAAUCGCAUGUUUUUACAUUAUUAAAAUAAAAUUUUCGAAUAACCUCGUUAUCUAAUUUAAUUUUUAGA